AUGUCGCAGAAGUUGAAGGACAAAGUGUGCAUUGUCACAGGCGCCGGCCAUGGCUUUGGAGAGGCCAUGGCAAAGCGUUUCGCUGAAGAGGGUGCCCGAGUGGUAAUCGCCGACAUUAAUCCCAAAACCGGAUCCAAAGUCGCGGUCGAGAUCAACGGCUUGCAUGGCGAGAAAACAGCGCUGUUCCAGGAGGCAAAUGUCACCAGUCAGGCUUCGUGGGCAAAGUUGCUGGAAGCCUCCUUGAAGGAAUUUGGUAAGGUUGAUGUCGUGGUGAACAAUGCGGGGACGACGUAUCCUAAAAAGGCCUCGCAUACGGUCACUGAGGAGGAGUACGACAAGGUCAUCAGCGUCAACAUGAAGUCCAUUUUCCUCAGUGUGGCCGUAGUGGUGCCAUACUUUCUGGAAAAGAAGGCAGGGACCAUCCUGAACAUCAGUUCAGUCGGAGGAAUCCGAGUCAAGAACGGGCUGGUAUGGUACGGUGGAACCAAAGCAUUUGUCAACAAGAUCACAGAGGGGCUUGCCUCAGAAUACGGCCAUUCUGGCAUCCGGGUCAACGCUGUCUGCCCAAUCCUAGGAUAUACCGACCUAGCACAAUCGUUCAUGGGUGUCGAUGAUACCCCAGAAAAUAGAGCUAAAUUCGAGGCCUCGUUCCCUCGGGGUGAAGCUCUGAAGCUGAACACUUCGACCGGAUACGUGGCCAACGCUGCAGUAUACCUUUGCUCCGACGAUGCAGCAUUUGUGAGCGGCAUAUGUCUGCCUGUCGAUGGAGCGGCAACUGUGUAUGCCGCCGGAGUUGGCAAGUAGUCUGAGAGCUAUUUGUAUGUGGAGGGAAGCUGCUUGUUGGGAAAUUGAUUCCGUCACCG